AUGGAUGGCACCAAGCAUCACCCAAACGAAAAGAAUCAAAAAAAAGAGUCUCAACAAACACUCAGUUCCUCAUCUCUUCUCAAACAAAUGGCACCUCAACACAAAUUGAAUCCUCUCACCUCUUCCUACUUUAUCCGAAAGGGAGGUUUCCAAUUAGCAACUUUCUGCGCUGCUGCUUUUGGUUCCUUGUUGAUUGGAACUACUUAUGCCUCACAACAAGGAAAGUCAUUCUCGGAUGCUCGUGUGAAAAAUGAUUCGACAGAAUUCCAUCAAAGACAUUGUGCGAGACCAGGUGACCAAAAGGAUUAUUUGUUUAUUGAUUAUUCACCCAAUGUUUAUCAUAUGGUGUCAAAGAAGGAAUAA